AUGGCCUCAGCCCCGGAGAACUGCCCCGUGGUCGGCACGACCAACACCACCCUCCCGCCUUCGCACCCGGACGUCGAUCUCUCCAAGCCCGGCCAGACCUGCCCCGUCGUCGGCGCAACAACAGACCACCACUCGAACCUGCACAAGCACCCGAGCGUGCCCAUCCCCGACGGCCGCUCUCCCGCCGACGCGUCCGCCUGUCCCGUGCUGAAGAACAAGCUGGUCAACGAACCCAAGAGCAAGGCGAUGGACGACGACGUGUGCCCCGUCGUAGGGACGGCGACGACCGUGCUGCCGCCGGAUCACCCUGCUACCGAGGGGAAAGACGACGAGGCCGUCUGCCCGGUCACGAAGGCCAAAGUGGGGCACCACAAGGGGAAGGUGCAGGGGCAUCCGGAUGUUAGCGGAGCGCAGGACGGGGCGGUCUGUCCCGUUGCUGGCGUCAAGGCUCCUGCUUGA